CUAAUGGCAAAAUAGUUUCAGCAUUUGCGCAGAAGAGUUAAGAGAGCACUAAAGUUGGACACUGUUAAAAAGGAUAAUCCGUCUGAAGCAACACCUUUGAAGACCAAAAAGAAAAAUCUAAAUUCUUACUCACCGACAACAGGAACAUGCCAAAUGAGUCCGUUUUCAUCUCCCACAAGUCAUAAUGUACAAAAUCUCAGAAAUGGCCUAUCAAAUGGAGAUGGAACUGAGCAGAAUGAUUCAGAAAUCAGAUUAUCCAGAAGAGGGCAGCCUCAAACAGAGGAGAAGGAUGCGUUCACAGAAUUGCAGUCCAAAGUUAAAAAUUCAUUGCAUAGAAUUCUGAAAAUCAGAGAGAAUCUGACAAGCCUACAGGCUUUAGAGGGCAGUAGAGAGCUUGAAAAUAUCAUUGGUGUCUCAGAUUUGUCUUGCAUCUUGAGUGCUGAAAUGCAGAAAACCCAAGCGCUAAUGAGUCAUGUAGAAGAACUACAGCUGUUGAAAAGAAGCCAUGGAAAACAUCCUGCCCGAGCCAUCUGCUCAAGCCAUCACCCCAGCCCUGCCCUCUUUGUGCUAAGGGAAUGGUCAGCAGGGCUCAGAGUAUGUUCAGACUGCCAGUAGCUCUGCAUUCCUUAAGCUGCUCCUUGACUGAGGCAUCAUGUGAAAAAUGCAUUCCACAUCAACCCAAAGUUGUACAUCUGCUUGAUUGUACUUAAAAGGAGAGAAGAAAUGACUGUAAACCUAUCUCCCCAGCAAAUACCAGCAGUUAGGGAUUGCUCAUUGCACUAGGCAGGUGCACAUCUAGAUAAAAUUUCUGGCAUCUAUUUAAACUUAACAAUGUGCACAAUCAGAUAAUCUCAAUGUAAAUAAUACACUUCUUCAUGGUUGUUUUAUCCAAGUGUGGUACUAAAUGCUGAUUUAGAUUUACUGCUGCAUGGAAUAUAAACUUUUUUUUUUUAAUGCUCUUACAGCAAAUAUAUAAUACUUGUAUGUUGCUUCGGUUUAAAAAAAAAAAAAAAAAAAAGGUAACAGGGUCUCCCCCCUGCAAGAACUGGGUAAGAAGAAACUAUGUCAAAAGAUGAACAUUGAUCGGCUCCCAGGCCUUUAGUAAGAGAUGUAAGAUUUCACAGGAAUAACGUGUUCUAGGAGAUGGUUCCUUGCCAGGGAGAGGACUCAUUUAAUCACUUCAUUCCACCCAAAAGCUAGCAAAGAUGCCAGUUUGGCAGCAAACUCUUUUAAAAAUUUACACUAUUUGACAGAUGACUCUUGCAACUUUUGAUCACAAACAUUUAAAAAAAAAAUACAGGAAGCUAUGAGGUAAUAAUUAUUCUGAUUACUGAACACAAUUCACUUAUAAACAGGCAAUUUGGAUCUGUGGAUACUACAGUUAAGAUAUAUUUGUAAUCUAUGAAAAUGUUUCCACCAAAAUCAAACCAAGACAUACAUAAAGGUAUUGGAUUCAAGUCACAGUGUUUAAACACAGGGAUUUAACAACAUUUACUAUUUAAGUCAGUGGUUCAGUUUAUAUAAGGGAAGAAGUAUUACAAAAUGGUUUCUUGGCUCUGAAUUUUUCAUUAUCCUCAAAACCCAACUGGAUAUGAUGUUUCCCAAGUUGUAUUAGGU